GGCAUAUAAUUAGUACUGAUGGAAUAUUACCUGAUGAUGAUAAGAUUCAAAAAGUUAGAGACUUUCCUGUUCCUACUACACCAUAUUACUGGACAACUGCUCAAGAAAAAGCAUUUCAAACUUUAAAAGCCCAUUUAAUAACAUCCUGGUGUUGUGGCAUCCUGACUUUACUAGGCC